ACCAGGUUGAGUAGUGCAUUACAGUUUGAAGGAAUGUUUUGAUCUUGAUUGGAUAUUUAUUCUUAUUUUCAUCGAUAUGGAAGACCAUGAUCUAGACGAUCUUGACCUUUUGGCAAGUCUUGUCGAUAGUGAUUCUGAAUUGCUUGACGAUGGUAGCCUUCUGGAAGCAAUUCCAUCGAAUGCUUCAUCGCGAUCGCCAACAGAAACACAGCCAAGAGCCAAUGAACAAGGCAUACGAUCUGGAACAACAUCGAAUUUGACCAUGGAAGAAAUGGCAGCGCAAAUGGCUAGCAUGGAAGAAUACAUAAAAAAGCUUGAAGCAGAAAAAGCUGUUUUGUUAUCACCAACAACACUGAAUAAUGAAAUUAGAUCUGGCUCUUCUAAAGAAGAACAAGAGUUCAAAUUAAGUGAGAAAAAGAGCUCAAAGCAAGACAAGAGCCAGCAGAUGCUGUUUUCAAAGGACAACAAAAGAACAGCCCAUGCUCCAGCACACUGUAUUAACAAGACAGUUUCCCCAGAUUCUUCUGCUGGGCCUUGCAAUUCUACAAAACAAAAAGCUCCUGAAAAAUCAUCUUCAACAAGAAUGAAACCUGAAAAUGGCCUGGGUACAAAAGGCUCAGGGACUACCAGAAGACUGACUGCACAAGAUGAAAACCCCAACAAUGGAAAAAUGGCUACAGGAAAGAAAAAAGCUACAGUUGAAACAGAGACUAGAACAGGAAAGUCAACAGAUGAUGAAGACUUUUCUCGUGAUAGGUUUUCCAGUUUACGAAUUAUUAAUCCACUGAUUUCAUCAGUUGUUAUGGAGAAGAGGAUGGAAGGACGCAGAAUGGUGAAGAUUUCACAGAUAUCAACCAAGAUUAAGGGAAAUAAUGAUAUUGAUGGGGACUGGGUGACAAUUGGUGUUAUAGUUCAAAAGAUGCCUCCAAAGAAAAGCUCAAAUGGGCAAACUUAUGGUAUAUGGAAACUCUCAGAUCUUGGCCCUAACACCAGCAAUGAAAUUGUUGCAUUGUUUCUCUUUGGUGAUGUAUACAAAGAGCACUGGAAGACAACUGAAGGGAGUGUUGUGGCUCUUCUUAAUGCAUCCCUUCUACCUGCGAAAGAGAAGAAUUCUAAAGACCUGGCUCUCACUUUGGACAAUGCCAGAAAACUUAUGCUGAUGGGAAUAUCCAAAGAUCUUGGCAAAUGCAGAGGACUCAAAAAGUCAGAUAAUCGCCCGUGUACAAAUUUUAUCAACAGGCAACAUGGUGAGUUCUGUGAAUACCAUGUCCAAGCAGCCUACCAUUCAAUGAGGGCUCAAAGAAUGGAAUGCCAGACAGGGUAUGGUCCCUCAGGUAAAGCACCAUUAAUGAAGAAGUUUAAGAAAGACCUCAAUACUUCAACCUUCAUGUAUCAAGGACGCACAGUGAAUGCGUCUAGUCACAAUACCGACCACAAGAAGAAAAAUGUUUCACUGAAGAGUCUUAAUAUAGGUAAAAGAAAUGGAUCUACUGAGGCAAUGGCAAAAGGUGAUUCAGUUCAUCAAAAGGGAAAUAAGAGCAAUCCUACUGCUGAACAUUCAGACUUCUUAGUACAGCUUCUUGAAAUGCCAACAGUUGGCUCCAGAAAUCUGAUCAGACAUUUAAACCAAGACGAGGAACAAAAAAAGCCAGAGGAAGAGAGAAAGCCCACAAUGUCUGCUUCAGAGCUCUUAAAAGCGCAUGAAAAGGAACUUAAACGAGUGAAGUCUUCGUCCACGGGCACACUUGGAGCACCCAUGUUAGGGCGUGGUCUGGCGCCAGGAUCGGAUCUCUUCUUUGAUGGUUCACCCAAGUUCGGGAAACGGAAAUUAAAUGAUACAGAGAGAGCAAAGCUCAAAGCUUUGUCACUUGUGAAACAGAAAGGACCUAUAGAAAAGGAUGACCCAAAUGCUGUUCGCAAAAAGUUAUCUCCAAAGGCGCAGGAGGAAAUUCAAAAGAAAGCGUUUGAAGAUAGCAGCAAAGAAAAUGAUGAUGGAAAUGUAGAUCAAGACUCAAGGAAAAAAAGAAGACGAAUUUUGGGACCAGAGUUUGGAUCAAUAGAUCUGACUUCCGAAGAAGGUAAAAAACUACUGGCUGCAAAAUCACAGCAUGUUGGUGCCGUGCGAGAGGCUGAGGCCGAGAGAGAGGAAAAAUACUUCAACGAACUGGAGAAGAAAGAAAGACUGGAGGAUAAAAUGAAGACGAUUACAGAGCUCAAAGUAAAAGUGGUCUGCUGUAAACAGUGUAAUUACGUAGCAGAGGGUGCCUCAGAACUCUGCCACAAGGAAAAGCAUGCGCUGAAGUAUUGUAAGGCUCUGAAGAAGUUCUUCGUGUGUAAAGACUGCAAAACUCGCACUGUAUCAUAUGGAUCGCCAAUUCCUAAACAUCCUUGCAGGCAAUGCGGUGCUACAAACUAUCAGAAAACAUCCAUUUACAAGGAAACGGAAGGCCCGAAGAUAGCAGGGGAAACUCUACUCGUUAGAGGGGAAGAACUUCCAAAAUUUCUUAACAGUCUUUAAAAGCUCUUCAGGAGUUGCAGUGAAAUAUUUUUACUAGAGAAUUGUUAUAUUACCAUAUGAAUGAAACAGUUUUCACCUGCA